UGUCAAUAGUCGCAAGCAGAAUUUUCCAUGCGAAGUUAGAUGUGAUGAAAUUAAACAAUUUCGAUUUAUUUGUUUGAAUUUGAAAUUAAAAAAGCGUUUCAUUUUCUUGAGUAGCUCCUGCUCCAUAACUGCCAACGAUUUUGACUGGUCAAAUCAUCAUGGCAGAAAAUGAGAACUUUGAUUAUAUCGAAGAUGGAGAGUGGUACGCAUAUGAAUAUGAGGAACCUUAUGGAAGUGUCACGGGAAAUGUUGACACGUUGCAGCCUUCGCAAACAAUUACAGACCAAAAUCUUCAUAUAGAACAUAAUAUCAUCAAAUAUGAAACAGAACAUAUCAAAGAAGGGCAACGUGAUUGUAUUACAGACGAGUUGAAUGUAGAAAUCAAUGGGAACGAUUUUUCCAAACAUAACCUUGUAUUAAAAGAAUGCAUAACCGAACUGGGGCUAAUAAAACAGAGCUAUUUCUGUCAAGAAUGUUCCAUGGAAUACAAUGAUAUCAAUGAAUUCCUACUCGAACAUCCCGGCAUAGAAUUAUUGAGUGAAAAUCCAGAAAAUGAUGUGCAAGACUUCCCUGGGGAAGACAUUGUUGAGGAGGCAUUGCAUGAAAAGGUGGAACAUGCAGAUAUAUUGUGGGAUUUAGUGGAAAAUGUUGUUGAAGGUGAAAAGGCGAUAGAGCCUGCAUCAGAAGUUAUUGAAUAUGAAGGGCCAAAAUCUCCUUUGAGAAAGGAAGGUGCGGAUACCGAUAAAGAACAAUACUUCUGCUACGAAUGCCAAGGUAUAUUCAAUGAUUUGCAGACAGCAGAAGAUCAUGAAUGUGGCACGCUGGGCAUACCUGUAGCUGACUUGGAGGAGCCACCGAAGGAGGAGAACGAUGUUAAUGCUUAUAUAUGUACGUACUGCAAUCUAAUGUGUAUAUCGUAUGAGGAACUUUCAAUGCAUAUGACAAAUUGCGAUGAGGAGGAAACAGUACCAUUAACAACAACUCCAGCCACAUUUAGCUGUAAUUUGUGCAAAAAAGUCUUUCAUAAUCAGCGCACAUAUAAUAAUCACAUGCGCUUCCACAGAAAUAAACAAUUGGAGAUUGCUGAAGGACCUGUUAAAUGUGACAUAUGUAAUACAUUCUUUGAAACGGCUAAAAAUUUAAAAUUACACAUGAAGAUGCAUAAUGAGCGUUCACUAAAAUCCAUUCAGGAGGCAUUGCCAGCAGGCGCUCUACCCGAGUACAACGAAUUGAAUCAAUUUUUUUGUGAAAUCUGCAACAAAAGUUUCGAUCAAAAACUUCUAAUCAUACACAAGAAUAUGCAUCAAAAUGUCGAAGAAUAUAAUUGCAGCAAAUGCAACAAGCAAUUCGAUAAUGCAACUAACUAUGAAAUGCAUAUACAAAUGCAUAAUGAGACGAAGGGAAAUAAAAGCAAACAGACGGUGGUGCGAAAUCAGGAUUUAUUCGGCAAUGGCCAGGCACACAAAAAACAUGCUUGCCAAUAUUGUGGCAAGGAAUUUUUACGUCCCUACGAAAAGGUGAAACAUGAACGUAUACACACUGGAGAAAAACCUUUCAACUGUGAGGUAUGUGGCAAAACGUUCCGUGUUUCCUAUUCGUUAACCUUACACUUGCGUACCCACACCGAUAUUCGACCCUAUGUUUGUGCCACCUGUAAUAAGAGAUUCAAACAACAGUCGGUCUAUGCGCAUCAUCUGAAAACCCAUUUGGCGGAACGUCAAUAUAAAUGUGAGGAAUGUGGAAAAAGUUUUCGUACGUCAGUACAACUAUGUGGCCAUCGGAAUAGUCAUAAAAGACCCUACAGUUGCACCGAAUGCAAUCGGUCCUUUGUCUCAAUGUAUGCCGUCAAGAUGCACAUGAAAACGCACAAAAAGGGUGAUAAAGGAAUGAAAAUCCUAAAAAAUCGUUGCCAUUUGUGUGGAGCAACAUAUGCACAUUUGUUUGCUUUGCGCCUUCAUUUAAAAGAAAAGCAUGGCGUUGAUAUGGAACCGCAACAGCUAUUGGAACAACAGAAGGCUUUGUCGAAUGACACUGCAUGUGAUAAUGGGGAAGAUUUUAUCAAUGAAGACGAUGACAAUUUUGUUGGUGAUGAUGAGCUAGACAAUAAUAAUGAUGGCAACAAAUUAAAUGGUAUUGAUCACGAUGAUGAUAUGGAUGAAACUAUGGCAGCAACUCAAACCAUUUUGCCGAGGGAAGAGACUACAAUUGAUGACAAUUUGCAUGCAGAAGAAAUUAUAACGGAUUGGUUGAAAUAGCGAAGCUUCUUCAAAAUUAUUAAA